AUGAAGAAAUCCAGGAAUUCCCGAAAGCAGGCGCCUGUCUUGCGGCGACGCAGCACUCGCAAGAAGGCCCCGUCUCCUCCACAAUCACCACUUUCCACGCAACGACCCCGCGUGCUGUUUCUUGCCAACAGUGAACACGGCCAGACUAACAUUAUCCUCGCAUUGACCCAUGAGCUCCUGGUGCGGGGUGACACCGAGGUGCACAUUGCCUCCUUUCCCAACCUGAAACCGCGCAUCGAGAAACUGCUCGCAGACAACAAGCUUGACAGCGAUAGAGCCCAAUCACACAUUCAUUUUCACCCUUUGCAGGGCCCCACAAACACUGAGGCCUUUGCACGCACAGGGAAACGUUCGAUCUGCCACCCGCCCGGCUAUGAAGGUGCAUUGAAGGGCUUCAAGUCUCUAUUCGAGGAGAUCUGGGCCUGGAAUGAGGAAGAGUAUAUUCAAGUCUAUGAUAGCUGUCGGGAGAUCAUCCAGGCAGUUGACCCUACCGUUAUUCUGGUCGACUGCUUCUUCCCACAGGGACGGGACGCGGCCUAUAAUGCUGGUCACCAGGCUAUCAUUCUGUACACUACCUCCGUGUUGCAUGUGGUGUAUGGGCUCCAGCCGUUUGGUGCUUGGGCGUGGAAAUUCCCCAUGCCAGGGACCGACUUCCCUUACCCACUUCCGUGGAGUCUCGUACCCUCAAACGCCAGGGCCGCCAUGGAUGCUGCUAAGAUGUACCGCAGUAGUGGCCGUCAACGACAGAUCCGCGAGUGGAGGAAGCGACACGGCAUUCAAGGCCGAUUUCCUUUUGCGGAUGCGUGGCGACCUGAUCGAUUUCAUCUGACUCCGGGUUUGAAAGAGCUGGACUGGCCGAUGGAGAUUCCAGAGAAUGUACUACCUUGCGGUCCAAUCCUACUGCCCGUUGCCCCCGUCAAGACGCAGGACCCAGAGUUAUACCAGUGGCUGCAUCAGGCGCCAACGAUCUUGAUCAACUUGGGGACGUUAUAUGCCCCUGACCCAGGAAUGGCGAGGAACAUCGCUGCAGGUUUGAGGAUGUUUCUGGAUUCGCGGACAGAUAAGCUGCAAGUGUUGUGGAAGCUGCCGAAGCAUAGCCAUGAUUGUGCGCACGUCUUCGAAGAGGCAGAGGAACUGCUGGCUGCUGAGAUUGAAGAAGACCGGGUACGCAUCCAGCCAUGGUUCAAAGUUGAGCCCUUGGCGAUGCUGCAGACAGGGCAGAUUGUUUGCUCCGUACAUCAUGGAGGUGCAAAUUCAUGGUACGAGUCUAUACAAUCUGGUAUCCCUCACGUCGUCCUGCCUGGCUGGCAGGAUUGCUAUGAGAAUGCUGUGCGUACAGAGUGGCUCCAAAUCGGCGUGUACGCGAACAAAACGGCUGCUCCAGGUGUUGAUGCAGAUGAGUUGGGUCGAGCUCUGAUCAAGGUGGUCGGCAAUUCCGCAAUGCAGGCCUUAGCAGAAAAGCUAUCAGUACUUUGCUGCAAGAAAGAAGGACGGGUGGUAGGCGCCGAGAAGAUUGCUGAGUUGGCAUACCACCCGGAGAGAAUGGCCCUGCCUAUACCCGAAGUCAUCCAACAUCCGAAGGACAAGCUGCGCACGAUCAGAAACAAAUUCGGAGGUGUUCUCGAAACUGUCAGUCGUCCUCACCUGGACAAAUACACAGCCUCAAAAAGCUACGGCCCAGUCAGUACACUCUUCGUCGCAAUUACAACGAAUACCUCACUCCUCCUGCCCAUCCUGGGCUACGCUCUCUUAAUCCUCGUCCUCAUCCCAUCCCUUCCAAUACCGCUUCUCAUACGUAUCCUAUACCUCCUUUACGUCCUCGUCAUUACAUACUUCUCUCCCACGUCUCUUCCCUCUUUCCCUUCACCAUCUUCCGCCCUCCGAAACUCCCCCCUCUGGUCCCUUUACACCAGCUACUUCCCUCUCAAGCUUUACCGCAGCACUACCUUAUCCCCUUACCAAAAGUACAUCUUCGGCUACCAUCCCCACGGCAUCUCCAUUCGCGGAGCCAUCGGCGCCCUCGCCACAAAAGGCGCCGGCUUCGACACCCUCUUCCCAGGCCUCAAUCACACUCUCCUAGUGUCCGACAAAGUCCUCCGCGCCCCGCUCCUACGCGAAUACGCCCUCUCCUUGGGAAUCGGCAGUGUCAGCCGGACAUCUUGCAUCAAGCUGCUGUCAUCCGGUGGCCACGACGGCAAUGGGCUGGGCCAGGCAAUCACGAUCUGCGUCGGCGGGGACCGCGAAGCGCGGAUCGCCCGCCCCGACCGCAUGGAGUUGGUGCUCGGGGUGCGCAGGGGGUUUAUCCGAGUUGCGAUCGAGAUGGGAGCGCAUCUGGUGCCAGUGAUAGCGUUCGGGGAGAACGAGGUCUUCGACGUCGUAUACCCCGAUGAGGCUGAUGCACAUGCAACAGGCAGCAAGUCGGUCGAGAACAAGAACAAGAAUAAGCAGGGCGGCGGUCUCCACACGGCAGCCAAAGUCUGGAAGGCCAUCACGGGCAAAUCGACGCGCGUGAUCAGCGGACGAUGGGGCUUGACGGUGCCGUUCCGGAAACCGAUCCAUGUGGUCGUGGGCAAGCCGAUCCCGGUCAGGGAGCAGCGGUAUGUGCAGGAUGAAGCGUACGUGGAGGAGAUGCAUCGGGUGUAUGUGGAGGAGUUGCGGCGGCUGUGGGAGGAGUGGAGGGAGGUGUUUGGGGUGCAGAAGGAUGUGAGGUUUGAGAUUGUGCAGUAG